UCCUCCUUGCGGGAGCGGAAGUCCCGCCCCCGUAGUUGCCAUGGCGGCGCUGUCGCUGCGCGUGGUGGCCGAGUGCCGGCACAGCCGGGCCCGCGCCUGUGAGCUGCGGCUCCCGCACGGCGCCGUGGACUGCCCGGUCUUCAUGCCGGUGGGCACGCAGGGCGCCCUCAAGGGCCUCACCGCCGCCCAGCUGGCCGCCCUCGGGUGCCGCCUCUGCCUGGGCAACACCUACCAUCUGGGCAUGCGCCCCGGUCCGGAGCUCAUCGGGACGGGGGGCGGCCUGCACGGCUUCAUGCGCUGGCCCUGGAACCUGCUGACGGACAGUGGAGGGUUCCAGAUGGUGUCUCUGGUAGAUCUCUCUGAGGUGACAGAGGAUGGAGUACUCUUCCGUUCUCCCUAUGAUGGCAAGGAGAUCCUGCUGACUCCAGAGAAGUCCAUUGAGAUACAAAAUGCUCUCGGCUCAGACAUCAUGAUGCAGCUGGACGACGUGGUCAGCAGCACAGUGAGCGGCCCCCGUGUGGAGGAAGCCAUGCUCAGGUCCAUUCGCUGGCUGGACAGAUGCAUCGCCGCGCACAGGACCCCCGGCCGGCAGCAGAAUCUCUUUGCCAUUAUCCAAGGCGGGCUGGAUCCUGCUCUCCGGACCAAGUGCCUGGAAGAAAUGACCAGACGGGAAGUGCCCGGCUUUGCCAUCGGGGGUCUGAGUGGAGGAGAAGCCAAGGACCACUUCUGGAGGAUGGUGGCCCUCAGCACGAGUCGUCUUCCCAAGGACAAGCCUCGCUAUCUGAUGGGAGUGGGGUAUGCCACGGACCUGGUGGUAUGCGUGGCCCUGGGCUGUGACAUGUUUGACUGCGUCUUCCCCACCAGGACUGCACGUUUUGGUUCAGCCUUGAUUCCCUCCGGCUCCCUGCAGCUGAAGAACAAACCAUACGCCAAAGACUUGAAGCCCAUCGACGAGAACUGUGGCUGUCCCACCUGCCAGAGAUACAGCCGCGCUUUCUUGCAUGCUCUCUUCCGCCACGACACAGCCGCCAUGCACCAUGUGACAGUUCACAAUAUCGCCUAUCAGUUGAACUUGAUGCGUUCGAUUCGGGAGAGUAUCGUUGAGCAGAGGUUCCCACAGUUUGUCCAGGAUUUCAUGAAGACCAUGUAUGGCAACAGAGAGCGCUCUCCCCGGUGGGCCACAGAAGCUCUGGCAUCCGUUGGCAUCGCUCUGGACUAAGAGGAAGAAUUUGGAUUUGUAUCCCCCCUUUCUCUCCUGUACGAGACUCAAAGGGGUUUAUAAU